AUGGAAGAAAAAUCCAUCAGAAUAGGUGAAAUAUCAGAUGUUCGUCAAAGAGCUAUAAAUUGCAAAGAACCUAAUUUAACCCCAUCUCAAAUAUUUAAGUCUAUUACUAACACAAUUAUAAAUUAUCAAAGCCUAACUAAGCACGAAAAACAAUACUUAAUAAGCGACCUUGUAAGGAUAAGAGAUGCACAAAAUGUAAUAGCAGAUAUAGGAGAAAAAAGGCACUGCGAAUAUUGUGAUAAUCGGGUUAUCGCAAUUACUUACUGCGAAAACUGUAUAAGAAAUUAUUUAGAAAGAAAUUUUAGCAAAUGGACCACGGAAAAUGAUAAAAUUGAUCAAUUAAUCCAAGAAUGUCAAGUUAAUUCAGUAUCACCUUCGGAUAUAUUUGAGUGGAUUCCGUUCGAAAAUUUUACGAAUCUGGAGUUUAGAGAAGAAAAUACUUUUUCUUCGUUAUAUUCCGCAACGUGGGAAGAUGGGCCAUUUACAGAAUGGGAUACUGAAAAUCAAGAAUUAAAGAGGAGUGGCGGAGAAAUCUAUAUUCUCAAAAGCUUGAAGAAUUCUAGGAGAGCGGAUGAACAAUGGUUUAAAGAUGUAAGUGUAUAUUAA